AUGGCUGCAGGACCAACGAGUGCCUCGGCCUCGAAGAGCUCGGGAAAACCCGUGUAUUACUCCUCAAUUGUCACGAAGACUCACCAUAAAAGACUGACCUACUUCUGGAGACUGUCGUUGGUGCUGACUGGAGCCGUGACUUUUUCAACUGUUCUGGGAGCUCGUGCCAGCAUCUGGUCUAUCCUGCCAAAAUUCUUCUUUAUAUGGGUCGGAUUUGCGGUGGUGAAAUACUCGCGAGAUAUAACGUUACAAAUUGGCUCUCCUGGCUACAAAACUCUCAUAUCACAGUUAUGUGGUGAAUUGGUCACCAGCAACAUGCUGACAUGCUUAAUGGCAUAUUUGUUUUCUGGAGGACUGUUUUUCUCCUCGGUUUAUGUUCAGUUUUCAUCUCUGUGCUACUAUGUUGCUUCUCCCACAAAGACAGUGAAACCCUCCAUAAACGAUCAGUUCGUCUACUUCUGGUUCUACUCCACUCUGUUUGCGGUCUCCUAUGCAGUUCAACAGUUGGUGCUGGAGAAGAACAGAUUGCAAUUCCAACAUGGUGUCUACAGAGAGGAGCCCGAACCCAAAAUUCUGGCGGGAAUAAAGCCUUCUUUGGUUUUUGGGGCAUAUUUCAGCGGAGUAUUGUCGCUAGCCCUGCCAAUUGUGUAUCUCGUUCUGAGGACUCAUAUCUAUGGGGUUUGGCUGAAGCCUUUCUGUUGGGUGUUUGGACUAAAUACCCACAAGGUAGCAUUUGACGUUUCGUUUUCGCUUAUAUUCAAGAUAUUUCUUGCUAGUGUCUUUCUGUCUUCUUCCUGGGAGAUCAUCAACCACAUAUUUGAUGCCUAUGCUUCUAUAGGAUGUCUCCACAAGGGCCAGCCGCUUUCGUCACAAUCAGAUGACCCAGCCAAUACGCUUCUGUCUGGAUUGAGAGAUGUAAAAAACCCGCUGGCAAGAGUGACGGCUUUUCAAGAACUGGCAUUUUUGGCGACUUCCAAGGAUUCGUCACACAGAUCUAUCUUUUACAACGGUCGGUUUAAACACUCGUUUGUGUGGAGCUCGAUCCUGGAAGAGUGCACCGUGGUGAUCAAGGCCAACAGCAACAGAAUGAAGAAGAAUCUACAGGAGCAAAAGAAGACCCAGAAACUCGCUCCAGCUGCUCCAAAGCAUGAAAGCAACCUAUUUGGUAACUCAAGACACAUGGCUGCAACCACAAAUGACCCUGAUGAUACCUCAAUCUUCGAUACCAGUGGAUUGUUCCCCAGCUCUCAGCCUAAAGACGUUCAGGCCCGUCUAAGGUCUGCAGCCCAAGAAGAUGCGGUUCCACCUGUGCCACUGCUCAAGGAUCUGGAGGAACAACUCCGUCCAUACUUGACCACCCUCAAGACUUACUACAAUGAGUUCCUGGCAUCAGGAUUGGGCAUACCGUUUAUCACCACUAUUGCUCGUGAAGCGUCCAGCAGGGUCAAGAACCCUUCAAUCACAGGCAAUGCAAUGAUCACCAUAGCGUAUGUGACGACUCAUGCCAUAACAGAGGAUAAGAAGAACGUGGUUGGUCCAACGUUACCAGAGGUGCUAGAACUUUUGGAAAUGGGUGUUAAUGCCAGUUCUGAGUUUCUGGAGUUUUGCCCUGUUCCAUUCACAUCGGAAGAAGCUUCGGAGAACGUGAUCUCGGACCUUCAUAAUCUGGCACUGCGUCUGUUCUUUGAUCUCACGGUGAAGUUCAAUGCUAGUCUGAAUGACCUGAUUCUCACACCCAACGUGUUCAAGCUGGCCAAGUGGUGUAUUGAUUUGGCUAUCGAUCAGCAGAGGAUGGAACAGGAAGACGUGUCACAGGGAUGA